AAGCAUUUCAAAGAGCUUUGCAUCAUAAACACAAAAACUCAGAGUUAUGCAACAUAGAAUCAACAAUCAAAUCAUGAAGUCAAGAGUUAUCGUUAAAUUCAUCAUUGAUUAUGUUUCAAAUGAAACUAACCAGCUGGAUUUUAGUCUGGAUUCUAAGGAUCUCAGGGUUUCGGCUGUUUUACAGUUUUCUGGAAGUUUGUUCCAGAUUUGUGGUGCUGAAGCUGAACGCUGCUUCUCCUCAUUUGGUUCUGGUUCUGAUGCAGAGCAGAACCAGAACCUGAGGGGUCUGAUUUAUAAACUAACAUCAUAUUUAAAGUCUCCACCAGCAGCAGCAGCAGCUUCUGGAUCAGCUGCAGCAGGAAUCGAUGCCACUGAAGAUAAACGAUGAGUUUCUCUAGAUCUCACUGAGACAUCAGACCUCUAGAUGUUCUUCAGGUGAUAGAAGGCCGACUUUAUGACUGUCUUUAUGUGGCUCUGAAGGUUCAGGUCAGAGGUCAGAGGUCAUCACUACUCCCAGGUUUUUCAGACUGUAGCAUUGCAGCCCGACGUCACAACAUUUAGCGAGACAAUAUUGUAACAUAACCACUAUGUUUGUUUUUCUCAGUGACUAUAUUAAAUGUUAAAAAUUCCAAGCUGUCUAGUGGAACAGUUGGGGAGUUCAUUAUUAAAAGAAAAAAUGUUGAAGUUCCACUGUUAAAAACCUGAUGUUGGGUAAAUCAUGUUUGGGGCCAGGUGUGUGGGAAUUAGUGAUAAAAAGGGGGCGUGUGCGCCAGUAGACGCGGCGCAAUCAGUAAGAAAGACGUUCAUGUGUCGAUCUGUGCAGCGGGAGUUCUGGCCUUAUUUACUGUUUAAACCAAAGAAAAGUAACAAAAAAGAUAAAACAUCGAUUAAGGUUCGUCCCAGCGCCGCAGAUCGCGCCCGAAAGCCUGGACCGGAGCCUGGACCGGAGUUUGCACCUAGGAAACGCUGCCCGGUGCAGAAGGAGUGCCUGGAGGAAGCCACCGGGGGAAAGGGGACGCUCCCACUGCUGGAGAACAACAUUGUCACAUUUCUGAAGAAAGAGCUGAAGAAGAUCCAGAAGGUUCUGAGUCCAGAUGACCCAGAAUGUGCAGAGAGUCAGAGAGAUGAUGAGGAGGAGUUGGAAGGUGAGGAUGAAGAGCAGAGGAGCAGCAGAGAGGCAGUGAUGAAGAUCAUAUUGAACUUCCUGAGGAGGAUGAAGCAGGAGGAGCUGGCUGACCGUCUGCAGACCAAACAGUUUCCUGCAGUUGGUCAACAUGAACUUAAAUCUGGUCUGAAGAAGAAGUUCCAGUGUGUGUUUGAGGGAAUCAGUAAAGCAGGAAGUCCAACCCUUCUGAACCAGAUCUACACAGAGCUCUACAUCACAGAGGGAGGGACUGGAGAGGUCAAUGAUGAACAUGAGGUCAGACAGAUUGAAACAGCAUCCAGGAAACAACACAGACCAGAAACAACAAUCAGACAAGAAGACAUCUUUAAAGUCCCACCUGGAAGAGAUCAACCAAUCAGAACAGUGAUGACAAAGGGAGUGGCUGGCAUUGGGAAAACAGUCUUAACACAGAAGUUCACUCUGGACUGGGCUGAAGACAAAGCCCACCAGAACAUCCAGUUCAUAUUUCCAUUCACAUUCAGAGAGCUGAAUCUGCUGAAAGAGAAAAAGUUCAGCUUGGUGGAACUGAUUCAUCACUUCUUUAAUGAAACCAAAGAAAUCUGCAGCUUUGAACACUUCCAGGUUCUGUUCAUCUUUGAUGGCUUGGAUGAGAGUCGACUUCCACUGGACUUCCACAACAAGGAGAUCCUGACUGAUGCUACAGAGUCCAGCUCAGUGGAUGUUCUGCUGACAAACCUCAUCAGGGGGAAACUGCUUCCCUCUGCUCUCCUCUGGAUAACCACACGACCUGCAGCAGCCAAUCAGAUCCCUGCUCAGUGUGUUGGCAUGGUGACAGAGGUCAGAGGGUUCAAUGACCCCCAGAAGGAGGAGUACUUCAGGAAGAGAUUCAGAGAGAAGAAAGAGGCCAGCAGGAUCAUCUCCCACAUGAAGACAUCAGGAAGCCUCCACAUCAUGUGCCACAUCCCAGUCUUCUGCUGGAUCACUGCUACAGUUCUGGAGGAUGUGAUGGAGGCCAGAGAGGGAGGAGAGCUGCCCAGAACCCUGACUGAGAUGUACAUCCACUUCCUGGUGGUUCAGACCAAAGUGAAGACAGUCAAGUAUGAUGGAGGAGCUGAAACUGAUCCUCACUGGAGUCCAGAGAGCAGGAAGAUGAUUGAGUCUCUGGGAAAACUGGCUUUUGAUCAGCUGCAGAAAGGAAACCUGAUCUUCUAUGAAUCAGACCUGACAGAGUGUGGCAUCGAUAUCAGAGCAGCCUCAGUGUACUCAGGAGUGUUCACACAGAUCUUUAGAGAGGAGAGAGGUCUGUACCAGGACAAGGUGUUCUGCUUCAUCCAUCUGAGUGUUCAGGAGUUUCUGGCUGCUCUUCAUGUUCACCUGACCUUCAUUAAGUCUGGGGUCAACCUGAUGGAACAAAAAAAAGCAUCUAAAUUCCUAGAAGAGCUGGAUUCCUCAGAAGAAGAGCUGAAUUCCUCAGAAGAAGAGCUGGAUUCCUCAGAAGAAGAGCUGGGGAUUCCAACUGAGAUACAUAGUCCCUUCAGCAGGUCCUGGGUAAGAGCCAACCGGUGGGACGUGCCUGGAACAUCGUCUAACGUGUUUUCUUCAUUUGAAAAAGAAGAGUCUUUUGAACCAAAAUCUCUCCAUCAGACAGCUGUUGAUCAGGCCUUACAGAGUCCAAAUGGACACCUGGAUUUGUUCCUCCGUUUCCUCCUGGGACUCUCACUGCAGACCAAUCAGAGACUUCUUCAAGGUCUGAUGACACAGACAGGAAGUAGCUCUCAGACUAAUCAUGAAACAGUUCAGUAUAUCAAGAAAAAGAUCAGUGAAAAUGUUUCUUCAGAGAAAAGCAUCAAUCUGUUCCACUGUCUGAAUGAACUGAAUGAUCGUUCUCUAGUGGAGGAGAUCCAACAGUCUCUGAGUUCAGGAAGUCUCUCCACAGACAAACUGUCUCCUGCUCAGUGGUCAGCUCUGGGGUUCAUCUUGGUGUCAUCAGGAGAAGAUCUGGAUGAGUUUGAUCUGAAGAAAUACUCUGCUUCAGAGGAACCACUUCUGGGGCUGAUGCCAGUGGUUAAAGCCUCCAACAAAGCUCUACUGAGUGGCUGUCGUAUCACAGGGAGAAGCUGUGCAGCUCUGUCCUCAGUUCUCCGCUCCCAGUCCUCCAGUCUCACAGAACUGGACCUGAGUAACAAUGACCUGCAGGAUUCAGGACUGGAGCGUCUCUCUGCUGGACUGAAGAGUCCAAACUGCAACCUGGAAACUCUGAGACUGAGUGGCUGUAACCUCUCAGAGACAAGCUGUGCAGCUCUGUCCUCAGUUCUCCGCUCCCAGUCCUCCAGACUCACAGAACUGGACCUGAGUAACAACAACCUGCAGGAUUCAGGACUGAAGCGUCUCUCUGCUGGACUGAAGAGUCCAAACUGCAAACUGGAAACUCUGAGACUGAGUGGCUGUAACCUCUCAGAGACAAGCUGUGCAGCUCUGUCCUCAGUUCUCCGCUCCCAGUCCUCCAGACUCACAGAACUGGACCUGAGUAACAACAACCUGCAGGAUUCAGGACUGAAGCGUCUCUCUGCUGGACUGAAGAGUCCAAACUGCAAACUGGAAACUCUGAGACUGAGUGGCUGUGACCUCUCAAAGAGAAGCUGUGCAGCUCUGUCCUCAGUUCUCAGCUCCCAGUCCUCCAGACUCACAGAACUGGACCUGAGUAACAACAACCUGCAGGAUUCAGGACUGAAGCGUCUCUCUGCUGGACUGAAGAGUCCAAACUGCAAACUGGAAACUCUGAGAUUGUCAGGCUGCUUGAUCUCAGAGGAAGGCUGUGCUUCUCUGGCCUCUGCUCUGACCUUUAACCCCUCCCAUCUGAAAGAGUUGGACCUGAGCUACAAUCAUCCAGGAGACUCAGGAGUGAAGCUGCUGUCGGCUGGACUGAAAGAUCCACAUUGGAGACUGGAAACUCUCAGGGUGGAGCCUGCUGGAGUCCGAUUCUUGACACCAGGGCUGAGGAAAUAUUCCUGUCAACUCACCAUCGACACAAACACAGUGAACAGAAACGUGAAACUGUCUGAAGAUAACAGGAAGAUGUCAAAUGUGGACCAGGCUCAGCCAUAUCCUGAUCAUCCAGACAGAUUUGAUCAUUUUUGCAAUGCCCUGUGUGAAGCUCCUCUUACUGGUCGCUGUUACUGGGAGGUUGAGUGGAGUGGAGCUGUUGACAUAGUGGUUUGUUACAGGAGAAUCAAGAGGAAAGUAAACAGUGCAGCCUGUUGGUUUGGAGGAAAUGAUCAUUCCUGGGGUCUGAUCACCUGUGGUCAAGAUGAGGUUUAUGUCAGACACAAUCACAUACAACCUCGUUUCCACUCCUCCUUUUUUUCUCACAGAGUUGGAGUGUAUGUGGAUAUUCCUGCUGGGAUUCUGUCUUUCUACAAAGUUUCCUCCGACUCACUGAUCCACGUCUACACCUAUAAAACCACAUUCACUGAACCUCUCUAUGCUGGGUUUUGUGUCUGGGGGCCUGGUUCUUCACUGGUUCUGAGAAACUAAAGUUUCUCAUGUCAGAGAAAUUUUCUCUGUAAAAAUCAAAAGUAAAAAUCAAGUUUAUUGACAAGAGUUCAAAGUUCUUUUCCCCAUAAUAAUAAUAUAGUGUUAAAAUGUGAAACAUUAAAUGCUGUCAGAUAAUAAUGAAGCAAAUAUUCAUCAAAUAUGUGGAUCAAUGUUACAAUUAUUAUGAAUUAUUAUGAAUCAAACAUCUGGAAACGGUUUGUUGCUCCUUUAUUUUGUUGGUAUUCCAUGUCCAUCCACUAGGGGGAGCUGUUUCUGCAGUGGUUUUGUCAUCCAGCUUCCUGUCUGUGGCAGAGCUGCUUCCUCCCAGAGGCUGCAGCUCUUAGAAACACAGGUCUGACCUUUUCCUCGACCUUUGGAGGUUUAGCUUUUGUUUCAGACUCACUGCUAUGAAUUAAAAGUUUUUCUGGAUAAUUUAACAUUUUUCUUGCCUCAUUCUGGAUCUUCCUCCUCAGACAAUAACAAGUGUUUCCCCAAAACUCUUGCUGUUCAUAUUUGCUGUCAUUUAAAGUUGUUGCACAAAAUGAAUUCAGUCCAGAUUUUCAGUCAAAUAUAAAUGAAGCAAAGUUCUGCUAAUAUUCUGUUUAUGAACAAAAUCAGUGUUUUGGAUUCAUGGGAAAAUAUCAGCAAUAUUCUCU